UUUAGUAGGUAAAGGAUAUAAAGGCCGUCACACCUUUAUUUGUUUUGGUCUUUUCCAUCAUACUAUUAUGAUUUAUGUCUAAUAUGUUUAUGUAAAUUGUACAUCUUAUUCAAACAAGUCCACGUUCAUUCUACUCCUAUUCUUUAUGUGCUCACUAUAUAUAUACCUCCACUUAAACCCCCAAACUAAUUAAACUAGCUAGGUAAUAAAUCAUUAUUUCAAACACCUCUCAAAUUCAAAAUAACAUUUCAAACUCCAAGUACAAGACAUAACAUAGAAAUCUAGAGAUAUGGAGUGGAGAAAAUGUUAUUUGGAUUUACUAUUGGUGCCUACUGGUUUCUUAAUUAUGACUGCCUAUCAUAUAUGGUUAUGGAAUAAGGUUAGAACUCAGCCACUCUCCACCAUCAUCGGCACGAAUUCUCAUGCACGGCGAUAUUGGGCUUUAGCCAUUAUGAAGGAUAAUGAAAAGAAGAACAUCCUAGCCGUUCAAACAAUAAGGAACACAAUCAUGGGAUCAACCCUAAUGGCCACCACUUCCAUCCUCCUAUGCUCUGGACUUGCAGCCAUCUUGAGCAGCACUUACAGCAUUAAGAAGCCUCUUAACGACGCCGUUUACGGGGCCCACGGCGAGUUCAUGAUGGCUCUCAAAUAUGUCACCUUGCUUCUCAUCUUCUUGUUCUCAUUUAUGUGCUACUCUAUAUCAAUUAGGUUCAUUAACCAAGUUAAUUUCUUGAUUAAUACUCCUCAACAUGACCUAAUUGCAGCAAAGAUACCACCUAGCUAUGUGUGUGAUUUGUUGGAGAAAGGGUUCGUUUUAAACACCGUGGCAAAUAGGCUUUUUUAUUCUGCCCUUCCAAUUUUGCUUUGGAUUUUUGGGCCUAUCCUAGUUUUUCUUUGUUCAGUCGCCUUGAUUCCUGUAUUUUACAAUAUAGAUAUCGUGUUUGAGUCUAACAUGGGAAAGGGGGAUCAUGAGAUGAUGAAUGGAGAUUUCUUUUCUGUUUGAAAUUUUCAAUUGUUUUAUUGUAAUUGUGAUAUACUUCUCCAUAUAUUUAACUUUGAAUGAGAAAAAAACAUUAUGAA